AAAUACACAAGUAGGGAUUCCUUCCCCAAAGCUCACAGCAGAACAGGCUCAGACAGGAAGGCAUCAGAAUGAGGCUGCUUAUUUUGCUGGCUGUGCUCUAUAGUGGAGUAAGGAGCAGCAUUGUGCCACAAAAAAUGUAUGGAAGGAUCACAUCCCCAAACUUCCCAAAGGUCUAUCCAAAUCACAAGGAGAAAAUAUGGAAUAUCACUGUCCCCAAAGGAUAUUUUGUUCGCAUUUACUUCACCCAUUUUAACCUGGAGUUGUCCUACCUGUGUGAAUAUGAUUAUGUGAAGCUGAGCUCUGGUGGGAACACCUUGGCUAUCCUGUGUGGAAGGGACAGUACAGACACUGAGGAGGCUCCGGGUAACAGGACGUACAUCUCUGCUGACAACCACCUCAUGGUAGUGUUUCGGUCUGAUUACUCCAAUGAGAAACCAUUCACAGGCUUUGAGGCCUUUUAUGCUGCUGAAGAUAUCGAUGAGUGCAAACAGCCAUUGGAUACUAAACCCCUCUGCAGUCAUCACUGUCACAACUACAUGGGGGGCUACUAUUGCAGCUGCAGGGUUGGCUACAUACUGCAUGAAAACAAGAGGACAUGCACAGUAUUCCCUGUGUGCCUGGUGCAGCUAGGAGUAGGUUCACAGUGUUAGUCAGGGCUGUGAGCAGAGGCCCUGCUUUGAAGAGGGGCUGUGGCAGAAGAUAUUUAAGCUUCUCCUCACUUAGGCAGAGAUGGAAACAGAUGUGCUGGGAAGACCUGGUUUCCUUCCUUCCUGACCUGCGUGUUGCAGUCUGCCCAAGGGCUGAAGGCUUCUUUUGCUCCAUGACUUGUCCAUAUGGUUCCUUACCUUUCAGACUUGCCUGCUGCAGAUAAUAAAGAGGCUGUUACCUGUUGAAAGCCAAAUGCAGUCUCUGGGACAUU